AGCUGUGCGGGGGAGGAAAACAGACAUUUUUGGGCGUGUUAAGAAGCAAAGCAAACGCGAAAAAGGUACAGGAAAUUUAAGAAAAAUGAACAAGUGAAUGUGCAGAAAGUGCACUCAAAACGAAACAUGGUGAGGAGCACCAUCACCCUGAUGCCCUCGCACUCGCUGGCAGCGGGAGCGUCCAUUGGACGCCUGGCUAUAACCAAGAAGCUAGUGCUCUGGUCAGUGCUGGUGCUCCAGGUGGGCUUCAUUGGCUGCAUCUGGCUGCUGCAGAUGGGCCACGGUCCACAGGAGCAGCAGCAACAGCGGAAUGCUCUGGAGCAGAUCGGCGGCAGCCGUGUGAACUUUGUGUCGAGCGGUCUUAGUGGGGAAUCUGGGAAAGCUCCCCUGGAUAGGACAACCCACUGCCCGCGGCAGCACGAGAAUGUGAAUCGCUACGACAGGGACUUUUACCAGAUGAAAACUGAAAUGGAAAGACUGAACGAAUCCCACCCACCGCCAGACUACGAUGUGCCCGCGUAUGUAGACGCAGAGAUGGGUCCGACACCGGCCCUUUGGUGCUACCGCGAGGGCACCAUCAACGAGACCGUGAAGAUGAACGAUGUGGACUACCUGAUGGCUCCGCCGCAGUGCAAGUGUGCCAGCGGUUGGCAUGGCAGGGACUGUGGCCAGCCGGAGAUCAUCUGGCGAGCCCUGAUGACGCACAGCCGGACGAGCAAGCGGGGCGGAAGCACACCCCUGCAGCUGGUCGAGGCCAGUUCCAGUUCCCUGCACCGCCUCUUCUACAUGCUCGAACUGGGCGCCUGGGAGCACAUCAGUCUGGAGCUCUUGGAGCUGCAAAUUCGAGCCCUUCUCGAGGUGGUGGACUACUUUCUCGUCUACUACGUGAGCAACGGCAGUAAGGAGCGGAAUCUGGAGAGCUUGCUGGGGCGCCAGACUAGCUACAUGCUGCUCCGCUGCUCCUCGGAGAGCAACUGCAGCAGUUCGCUGGCCUACAGCCACUUCAGGCGCCAGCUGUGGCUCCAGUGCGGCCUCCAAAUGCAGGCCCAGGAUCUGCUGCUACACGGAGACAGUCGGGCUGUUUAUGCGCCGACAGCUCUCAAGUUCCUCAAGUACUAUGCCAAGGAUGUGCUGCCCCUGAGAUUCCGGCUGAAGUACAACGUGUACGGCUUCUACUGGCAGCACCCGAAGAAGACCCUGCUAAGCGGGGUGAUAAGUUCCUUGGGGCACCUGCACAACGGUGCCCAACUGGAUGCCCACCGGCUGCAGCGAAUGGCGAGCGGCACCCUGGGCGACCUCAAUCACUAUGGCGGCUGGAGCUGCGAGCUAUGCCUACCACCCGAGCAGAUUGUGCUUCGGCUGCAGGGCGCCAGCCAUCAGUUACCUGUGAAGCUACCCAACGACACAAGAAACGCGCACAUCGAUGCCACCUACAUGCAGCAGUUGAUAGCCAACGGAGUCCACAUAGACGGCGCCACGCAGUUGGUGCGACUGCGCGAGCAGAACGAGAAGUACUACGCUCCGGAGGAAGCCCUGCGGCACAGUAGCCAGUUUGGCCAGCUGCUGGUCAAUCUGUACGAUGUGGACGUGCUGGAGGAUCUUCAGGAGGAUGACUAACUAUGCCCAAGGCGACGCAUUAUAAGAUAUAAGAUGUAUAUUUAUAUGUGCCUGCUUUUGAACCCCCAUCUCAAAGUCUAACGAUCUCAUAAUCAUCAUAUCAUUACUCUGCCUAAUCCCCUCAUGCGUGUGCGUGCCCUUCUGUAUUUUUGGCCAAGCGAGUUCCAAAUUAUUAGUAUCUCAGCAGACAGGACGACGGACAGACCCGCCAUCUGUGAUAAGCAAAAAACCAGAACUAAACAAAGAAUUUACAAAACGAGAGUGCAACACCAGAGAGAUUUGCUGGAAUUAUGUUGUGACAUUGGGUUGAAUUUAGCAUUACUUUUAAGAGAUGAAGCUUUUUAGAUUUACUUUAAAUAUUAAUAUUAUUAGUUUAAUAUUCUAGGGCUCGAGUAUCAGAAUUAUUACAACUUGUUAACUUGCCAGAUCAAUUCAGUAUUUGUAAAAUAAACGGAAAAAUAAACAAAA